GCCUCUGGCGAGGUCUCACACACUGUUGAGCCCGUCCAGAUGGGCGACUCUUCUGCCUACAAGCGCCGCUUCACCGGAUUCAAGCUAGCUGUUGAUCAAGAACCCAGCAGUUUUGCAACAAACCCAAACGCAUCUAAUGCCGAUUUCGACCCUAUUCCGCCAUCAAACCGCACCUGGACAUGGAAAGCUUACGUCGCAUACUGGAUGGCCGAUGCAUGGGCUGUUUCCAACUGGGAAGUCGCAUCAUCCAUGAUUGCUGGUGGUCUCAGCUGGAGAAUGGCAAUCGGUGCUUGUGUUCUCGGCAACUUCAUCAUGGGCGCUGUCAUCACGAUGAACGGUAGAAUUGGUGCCCACCUCCACGUCCCAUUUCCAAUCAUCGCCCGUGUGUCAUUCGGCUACUACUUCAGUUACUUUGUCGUCGUAUCUCGCUGCGCUCUCGCCAUCAUCUGGCUCGGAGUGCAGACAGUCACUGGAGGUCAAUGUAUGGAAGUCUUGCUUACUGCGAUUUGGCCGAGUUAUGCAAACAUCCCCAACCACAUCGCCGCUGGUCAGGGUAUCGACACCAAGGGAAUGUGUGCUUUCGUACUCUAUUUCCUGCUCCAACUCCCCUUCCUCUGCAUUCCUUACACCAAGGUACAAUACUUCUUUGGAUUCAAAUCAAUCAUCGCACCCAUCAUUUUCCUGGCUGUCUUCGGUCACACCCUGCACAAGGCUGGCGGUACAGUCAGUGCCAGUCCAGUCAUUACCGAAGGGCCUACAGUAAAGGGCUCGAUCCUGGUCUGGGCAUUCUUCUCCAACCUCAACUCGGUCUUGGGUAACUACUCCACUCUCGGUCUCAACAUUGCCGAUUUCGCAAGAUAUGCCAACAAGAGAAGCGCUCAGAAUUGUCAAGCCUUUGUCAUUCCCUUCAUCUUUACCAUUGUCGGUCUCCUCGGUAUUUUCACCGCAGCAGCCUCAUCUGUCGCAUAUCCUGAGGAAGUUGCCAAGGCAGGAACUCCUCUCUGGAACCCUGUUACUAUCGUCGGACUGUGGAGUGCAUCUGGCUCGUCUGCUGGCCGUGCUGCAUCUGCCUUCGGAGCCAUCGGACUCAUCAUCGUUACUCUUGGUAUCAACAUCUCGGCCAACUCAAUCAGUGCCGCCAACGAUUUGGUCUCUUUCUUCCCCAAGUACAUCAACAUUCGUCGUGGCCAGUUGCUCGCCGCCUUGAUCGGUGCUUGGGCUUGUGUUCCGUGGAAAAUCCUUGCUUCUGCUCAAAAGUUCCUUUCUUUCCUUAGUGGUUACACCAUCUUCCUUGGUCCUAUGACUGCCAUCAUCAUGGUAGACUACUACAUCACCCGCCGCGGCAAUGUGUCCGUACCAGACAUGUACAGAUUUGACGGCAUCUAUCGUUACUCUCCCAAAUUCGGCACCAAUUGGCGUGCCGUUGUCGCACUCGUCGUUGGCUUCUUGCCCCCUCUUCCAGGCUUUGCCAACAGUAUCGACCAAGGCAAGCUCGGCGUUUCGCUUGAAGGCCAGCACAUUUUCGCGAUCGGCUACAUGUACUCCUUCGUGGCUGCCGGCUUGUGUUAUUGGGCCUUGAUGCGCUUUGCUCCUGAGCAUGAAAGUAGAAUGGACCAUGAAGUGACUGGCGAAGACAUCCUCGUCGCUAAUGACGAGAGAAAGGGUCGUUACUAUUACAAGGAUGAGAAGAAGGGAUUCUCGGUGAGAAGCUGGGUGUCUAGACGCACUGACAGCGACUCGAGUGUUGCUUGA